AUGUCUAGAGCACUUGACAAAGACACCGUCCGGGCUCUAGGCCGAGGUGAUUCGUCUUCGGCGUAUGAGGCGAUUUCGAAAGCUGUUACCCAAACCCCGAGCGAGGACGAGAACGAGGAGGACCUCCUCGAAAUUGAGAUACUGGGCAGGAGUCAUCCCCUCGAACCUGGCACAUUUCUUGUGCAAGAUGGGAAUGCCUUGGGUAUCUCCAAGCUCGGACUUGUGCAGGCCUUCUUCACAGCGCGGACAAUGCUGCAGGGUCAUCACAGCAGCCAGGAAACUACACUUGCCGCAGAGCAGCUCCUGUCCGUCACGAGCGUCAUGCUUCUCAUGGAUCCGGAGCAUCUCACAGCGGCGAACGUAAGGAAGAAGCUUAUACAGGCAGAGGGCCUGCGCAAUGGUGAGGCCCGUCAGUUGGCAAUGAUCCGGAAGGACCGGUUCUACAUCGAUAGCCUCCUCACGAGCCGUCUGCAUAGGCAUACAAAAUCUCCUACCUUAUGGAGCCAUCGGCGAUGGCUGGUCGAGACGGCUCGAGGACGCGGCUCGCCUCCUGAAGUGGUUCGGGAUCUGAAGCGCAUCGUCAUGAUUGCUGGAGAAAGACAUCCUAAAAAUUACUAUGCGUGGUGCCAUGCUCGCUGGCUGACUGAUCUGUCUCUGGCCUUGUCUCCACAGCACCCAGCAGAGAAUGGGUCCUUGUUGUCAACGCUGGUCGCCGCGACCAAGUCGUGGUGCUUCCGCAAUCACACUGAUAUCUCGGGCUGGUCAUACCUCUCGUUCCUGCUCACGAGACUGAAUGACACGGAGAGAGUAUCCGUUUUCAAAGAAGCAGUCAACCUCUGUGCCUCCUUUCGGUGGGUCAACGAGUCAACGUGGGUGUUUUUGCGGACGCUCGCGGCGUCAGGGAGUAUGGGAAAUGACGAAAUGGCUCUCUUCCACGACACCAUGAGUUCUUUAUUGCGCAGAUGUGAGGGCACAGAAAGCAGGCGAGUGGUGGAGCAGGCACAGUUCUGGUCUGAGACAUACCAUCGGCGCCCGUGA